GUGUUGUGAUAGUAGAAGUUAUUAAGGCGAGCUUAAGAUAACGUCGAUUUUAAGCCGUUUUUAAAAACCUCAAAAUAUUUGAUAUAAUAUUUAUUAGCUUAUUAUUCUUUUAUGGGUGGUGAAAGUAAAUACAAACAAAAAAGUGCAAUAAUAAAAGAGUGUUGUUAAACCACGUCAUUCGUAACACCUUUACAUGUGUGUGCGUGAACCGCUGGCCACCAAUCGUACUUCAACAAAUUGUUCAAAUAUCAAAUGAUGGUUGAACAGCAAAUCCACAUCCACAACAACUUACUUUGCUAAGAGCUAACACAGGAUAACAACGUUCAAUAAUCAGCACAAGCAGAGAACAGUGAAUAAAUGACAAAACGCCACGGUUUGAAAACAUCAUCAAAGAUUUGAAUAAAUUAAAAUUCUUACGUAAAAUUUUCGUGGAGAUUUUGUAAAUAUACUCUUCACAUUUAACUCUUUAUUGCUGAUAGUUUAACGAGAUGGCAACACUGUCUCUGGCUGGUGAAAACAACAGAAAAAAUUAGGAAAAAAAUUGUGACUACGAUUGUAACGGAAUUUCCCCAAAUAAGGAAGAAUACAAGGCGAUAUAUAGACAAAAAAAAAAUUAAAAACCUCACAGUUAUUAGAGAAUAUAAGAAGUUAUUAUAUAUCCCUAAGAAGAAGAUAAUAUACUAGACAAUCGAAGUAAGAAAUGCAGAAAUACGACAAGAUAUAUUGAUAUAAUUUUUCAACACAUACACACACAAAAACAAAAAAAAGAGAGAAAGAAUAGAGCAACGCAAAAACAAAUAAAUUAACAAGAUAACAAGUGAGUUACAAAAACAAUUGUGGAAUAUUGUGAGUACUUGGAUGUGUGUGUGUGUGCUUGCGUGUGACUCGUGAAAAGAGAAAAGAGGAGAGCACAAUAAAACAUAACAAAAAUAUCAUAAAAAUUAAUAAAUUCAACAACACACACGACUUUACUUUCAUUUCGACGGCCAGCCAACCCCACAAUUCCAUACAUUCUAGGAAAGUCAGUCUAUCAUUUCGCAUCUAAAUUCCAGAUUAAUUGCAACGCCAUAAUCAUGGACGAAACCAAUACGGCCAAUUCGACAUCUGCCGCGGCAGCUGUGGCCAGUAGUAAGCAAUUGGAUGCUGUCACCACCACCCCGCCCACAACAAAGUCAUCAUCCUAUGUGAAACUCCUGAUCAAAGCCUCCAAUCAGCAAUACGAUGACCAAAUCAUUGAAAGCGAUUUGUCAUGGACCGUCAGCAGACUCAAAUCCCAUUUGGCCAUAGUGUAUCCCAGUAAACCGCCAGCAGCUGAUCAGAAGUUGAUAUACUCGGGCCAACUAUUAAACGAUAAUCUUCAAUUGAAGGAUGUUAUACGCAGCUACAAGGACGUCUAUACUCACAAUCAUAUAAUUCACUUGGUUUAUACGCCUAAAAACCUACCACCAUUUGCGCCGGUUGCGUCGAACAAUUUGAAAAAAUCGAAAGCCACAUCACCUUCAACAGUGACCUCAAAUAUGUCGUCGUCGUCGUCGUCUUCGUCAGAUGAUGGUCUACGCCAAAGGAACACCAUGGGAAAUUUGCAGCGCCAAAAUGCUCAAACUACAGAUGAAAUGACGUACUAUUCACAGUAUUUACCCCAAAGUGUGCUUACAAAUGGAGUAGGGGCCGGUCCCCCAAUGACAUUAUCCGGCUAUGGGCAAUACAAUAUGCAAGCUAUGGCAAUGCAACAAGCCGCUAUGCAUAGCUGGAUGCAACAGAUUUAUUCACAAUACAUGGCACAGUGUCUACGAGUACCCAACAAUCCAAAUGGAACUACAGACGAUCCUAACCGAACUGGUGGUGCAGGGGCAGCAUUACCACCUUUUUCCACAUUUCCACACAAUCCCUUUCUUCAAUUUCCUCAAGCUGUGAUAUCGCCUUCGGUAGUGGCUCAUACAACUUCAGCAGCUGCAAGUGCUACAGCGACGGAACAACAACAACAGCCACAAAAUGCAGAGCAACAGGCGCAGGCGCAAGUUGCACCGCAACCUCGUUUUCCCAAUAUGCCGCAGGAUGAAGCCGAUAAUCGAGACUGGCUUGAUAAUAUAUUCUCAAUAACUCGUCUGGCUUUGUUCUUGACAAUACUAUACUUUAACUCUUCGCCCUUACGGUGUCUGGCUGUGGUGAUUAUAGCAGGUGGCAUAUACCUGUAUCACAUUGGUGUGUUUCGCUUACGCCACGAACGAAACAACAACAAUUUGAACCGUAAUAACAAUGCAGUUCAAAACGCAGCCGUAGAUCAAAUUCGACAGGGUGUAGAUCAACAGCAACCACAACAGCAACAGCAGCAAGAAAAUGUAAAUGCUGCACAAGAAAACACUGCAAAUGAUGACAUUGCAGCCGCUGAACAACCAUCGUCCAAUUCCGACAUUGUACCCAGUGAUAAUGCAGCCAACAAUGAGUCUAUGAUGUCCACGCUGCGUACGUUUGUGGUGACAUUUUUCACUUCAUUGCUGCCCGAAACACCGGCUCUGUAAAGUUCCAGAGGCCUAAAGCGACUCACAAAAAAAAUCCUUAGCAAUGAAAGUGCGUGAUGGAUAUUAUGCUUUAAUUUCUUAAUAAUAUGUUAGCCCUUGUGUAGCAACUAAACUACACUUCCCAUUUAUUCCUGAGCUUUAUUCAUUUAAUUUGAUAUGUGGGAGCUUAUACUCUUGUUCCCAACCAUAUUCAAUAAUGCACAUACAUAUGUUAUUAUUUAGAUUUAUUUUAGCUAAUAUUAUCUAUCUUGCAUACAAGACUUGCAUAUCUUUAUCUGCCAUUGCAUUCACUCAAUGUGGAUAUAUGUGAGAUUGUCCACCAUAACCAGAAAAUUGUUUGUUUUACUUGAAUUUAGUUUAUAAUACAUGCGCCCCCCCAAAUUAAUCAUCAUCAACUUUUAUUUGUUGUGAAUAGAAAAUUAUGAAUGUGAGAAUGAAUGAAAAUUAUCCUAUAUUAACGAAAUAUUAACGUGUUAUUUAUUAUUGCAAAAUGUGUCUUUAGUUUUAGUUUAGUUAUCUAUUGGAAAAUCAAAAUCUUUAUGUAUAAAUAUAAUAAAACUGAAUAUGAAAACUUA